AUGUCCGACAAACGCGAGGCUGACCACCCGAAAAUUGAGGAGGCUAUUGUUGGGGUAAAGGCGGACGUUAAGUCUCUCCAGCAGAUCAGUUCCUCAGGCAGAGCGGCGCAACGCAAGAGAGAAGAAAACCAUGCCCAGAAGGCGUUCAGUGCACUAGACGCAGCGUUGGAAAAGCAUCUUAAAGAGGAGGACGGAGGUGGGCCUCCAAGCAAAUCUGGACAAUAA